UCGUGACGGCUAUAAAACAGGCGAGCAUCGCAAAAGCGAAACAUUGCAGUCGGAAUCCAUACUUCAACAGUCGUGUGGAAGGAAGCAGUAAAUGACGAUGAUAAAAUUGAUACUUUUCGUAUUUGUCUUGAUUUUUUGUCAAGAUACAGAAUGCUCAUCUCAAUGUGGGAAGCAGUCGUUGAGGACUAACUACGGGCUUGAAAGAACCUUCAACUCACUGAAGCUUGAUACUCCAUCGUCUUGCAAAUACCGCAUCAAAGUUCCGAAAGGAUUACAUGUUAAACUCACAUUCAGCGAAUACGAUUCAGACCCUUGCUGUUCAGAUUUCAAGAUUUAUGAUGCCACACUGAGGCCAUUCAGAUGGAAACCAUCACAGGUUCUAGCGUUACCAAUUACUAACUCUCGCUCAAUGGAGUCGCCUGUUGAAGUCGUGUACAAAACUGAUGUGUUGGGAAUAAAGCACGACAUCACAGUUCCUGGGGACACAGAGAUUACAUUCGCCUACGAAGCAGUUGUACCAAGUGAUGGAGACUGUGGAUUCACAACAAACGCUGAUGUUAAAUCAAAAGUCAUUCGGUCACCAGGAUUUCCUAGACGUGUUUCAAUGAGUGGAUUGGAUUGCAAUUGGAAAAUUAAGUCAAAGCCUGGCAGAGCUAUAGUUCUAACAUUUACUGGAUUUAGAAUACAAAGAGUUCUCGACUACGUAGAGAUUAGGGACGGUGAUGAAAUGCUAGGAAAGCAUGAUGGUCGGCUGGAUAAGUCGAACCCGAUUGAAUAUACAGCAUAUAGCGGACAAAUGAAUAUUCGCUUCUUCACGUCAACAUCGUAUUCUAAUGGGUUCAAGGCGGCAUAUAAAGAGAUUCAGGUAAACGAGACACUCGUGGACGACAGUUCGUCAACUUCUCCAGUAGGGGAAGGGGAUCUGAAAUGUCACCGAAGAGAGCGAAUGAAGAAUAUGGGAAGAGCCAUGACAGACCGUCACACCUCCAGUACAUGUUCUGUUGGACAAGUCUGUGGACGAAUGGAAAUGGAAGGCGAAACCUAUGGAAUGAAAAUUUGGAAUGAAAACGCAAAUUGUAUUCCUGCCAACUUGUGCAGUGACAGUAAUUGCAGUUUACAACCAACACCACCAGAAGUAACUGUGACAUCAUGUAAACUGUCUUGUUGUUCUACUAACAUGUGCAACGUGUCUCCGGAUGGACCAGCCGUUCCCCCAGGAGAAGGUGUUUCUCCAGUAUCACCCAUCGAUACAUCCGACUUCAUCAAAUGCGACGUGACAUCAGAAAUGACGUAUGAAGAUGGAUCAAAAGGAGCGUCUUCGUCGGAUAAGCCUUGUACUGCCGACUCUAUAUGUGCUCUGUAUAAAUUCGAAGGAAGUCACAAAGACGGACCUUCCAAGGGAAAACCAGUGACCGGCUAUGCAGCAACUUGCGCUCUUCGCUCAGAAUGCAACCGUGAGGCAUGUAAUCAUAUUCAAGAAGCAGGCUUUAUCGAUAUAACAUCAUGCGCAGUUUCAUGCUGUGAUACCGAUUAUUGCAACAGUGGAAGUUCACCGGUACCGCCCCUGCAUCCAGACGGAAGACCCAGUCCUAUACCCGCAGGUCUGCAAUGUGAACAGAGUUCUGAUGUAUAUGCGGGAGAUAGGAGCGUGUCGGGAAGAUCGGGUGGUUACUCAUGUCCUGCUAAUACUGUCUGUGCCCUUUAUAUAUUCUCGGGAACAGCAACUCAGUUGGAUGGGUCUAUAAUUCCGGCAAGCGGAUAUUCUGCGAAGUGCGCUCCCAAAUCUGCAUGUCAUCGUGAAUCAUGCGACCAAUUAUAUGAAGCUACGCAGAUGACAUUUACUUCAUGUGAUGUUUCGUGUUGUGAAACUGACCGAUGCAACAAACCUCCUUCUCCACCACUGACUCCUCCCAUCAUACCACCGUCUAGUGGUAGUAUCGAUGGUGUCACGGAAUGCUAUGAAAUUCUAUCUUCGAAAGCUGGUAGCAUACAAGUUCUCAACAACAAAAAAGCCUCUAAAUGUGCUGUUCCUAAUUCCAGUUGUCUUCGUAUAGAAGCUGUUACAGCGAGUCCCGGAGGAAUGAAAGCCGAUGUGGUCUACGGGACAUGUGUACCAACAAUUGCAUGUGAAUCUAUGGACUGCUCUGCUUUGGGUAGUGCGAUGGCGGGUAUGACAUUGGAAUCUUGCAAAACUUCGUGUUGUGGCUCAAAUCUUUGCAACGGAGAAUCGGAAUCACCAGAUUCCGAAACAACUCUCAAUGCUGGAGGCGAUAAUGACGAAACCGAAACAGGAACAAAAUGUUUCGACCUUCUCCAGGUGGAGGCACCAGGCAUUGAACUUCCAGGAGGAAAGAAAACAAAAACUACUUGUGAUUCUGGUUCGCAAUGUUUAAAAAUUGUCGCAGUUGCUACUCACGAUCUUGUGCCAUCUAUGCAAGUAACAACUACCUACGGAUCCUGCAUUCCAAGUAUCGCAUGUGACUACAUGAACUGUGAUUCUCUCCCAUCAUCAAUGCCUAACGUUACUAUUACUUCAUGUGAUGUCUCAUGCUGCUCCGACGACUUCUGCAACAGUUAAGAUUGGAUACAAUUGUUCGGAACAUAAAAAGAGAUUCAGCUGGAUGGAUAUAAUUUUCCCUGUCGUAUGACAAAAUUCAAGUUUCAAAAAUAGUCGUAAUCUAUGUAAUAUUCUAUAAUCUCAUAUGUUGUCGAGAAUACAUGCAUUUUGAACCAUUGCAUUGAUUGAACCAAUAAAAUAAAUAAAAAGCAUG